GCUUGUCUUUUGAAGACUUUACUUUGACAUUUGGAGCAUGUGUGAACAAGGCGGCGGCGCGGCGCGGAGCGGCCAUCCCUGAAACACCGGGGGUAACGUUCGGCGAAGUGACGCAGCAAUUCCCCCGAUGUAUUUUUAAUCCAUCAGUCUCUUCUGUGAGGAAUUAUCUAAUGUGAGUGCAGUCAUCAUGACAUCGGUUUGGAAGAGACUUCAGCGCGCUGGCAAAAGAGCGUCGAAGUUCCAGUUCGCCGCGUCCUUUCAAGAACUCACAGUUGAGUGCACUAAGAAGUGGCAGCCAGACAAACUGCGAGUGGUUUGGACCAGACGAAACAGACGCAUCUGCAGCAAGCUUCAUGGCUGGCAGCCAGGUAUCAUGAACCCAUACAGGGGGACUGUGGUUUGGCAGGCACCUGAGAGCGUGGACAUCACUGUCACUCUUUUCAAGGAUCCAAAUGCAGAUGAAUUUGAGGAUAAAGACUGGACCUUCAUCAUAGAAAAUGAAACAAAGGGCCACCGAAAAGUUUUAGCGUCAGUGGAUGUGAACAUGAAGAAGUACACGAGCGCGACCCUGGCUCAGUUUGACCUGACACUUACACUGAAGCCUCUGUCUGUGAAAGUGUUGGAUGCCACGCUUAAACUCACCCUGUCCUGUGUCUUCCUGAAGGAGGGCAAAGCUACGGAUGAAGACAUGCAAAGUCUGGCGAGUCUGAUGAGUUUGAAGCCGUCUGACAUUGGAAACCUGGAGGACUUCAAUGACAGUGAUGAAGAAGAGGACAAAAGAAUGUGUGCAGCAGUGAAAAUGGCCACAGCAGUAAUCGCUCCUCUUCCUCCUGCUAGGAGAAUACAUGACAAGGCCUGGAGACCUGCUGUAGACACAUGUUUCUCUGACACAGAGCAACACAGACAGUUAAGUGUAUUAGCAGAGGAGGAAUGUCCCAAUACAGUGUCUUCUGCUGAUGAGGAUGCAGAUGUUCAUCAGAACUAUGAACCCCACCCUCGCAGAGCCGGAGUCAUCAGUACAGCCAACCAUAGAACAAACAGCAGUAUGGACAAGCAACGGCCUGUUUCUGGACUUGAGGUUGUGCGGCCUGCAAAAGGACAAGCAACAGCUGAAGAUUCCUCCAGUCGUCCUGUGCCAAUGCCUCGUGUGAAGAAACGUUUAAGUGCCUCUUUACCAGAAGACGCCUCCAUUCCCAGUUCCUCAUCAGCCAGUCAAAGUAAGGUUUCAGAAAAGGCCAAUAAUGAGCCCACAGUGCCUGUUUGUAAUAAACGAAGAGCUGCAGCAGAUGCCAUAGACCUUCAGGGAAGUUCCACAGCUCACACAUCACCAACCAGUGAAACAGAGAUUGUGACCUUGGUGAAUUCCAGUCAGUCUCUGUUGGAAUGGUGCCAAAAGGUCACACAAGGUUACAAAGGCGUCCGCAUAUCAAACUUCAGCACCUCAUGGAGAAACGGCCUCGCUUUCUGUGCCAUCCUGCAUCACUUCCAUAAAGAUAAAUUGAAUUAUGAAAUGCUGGAUCCAUAUGACAUUAAGCGCAACAACAAGAAGGCGUUUGAUGGCUUUGCUGAACUGGGCAUCUCUAGGUUGAUAGAGCCUUCUGACAUGGUGCUGCUGGCAGUGCCUGACAGACUCAUCGUGAUGACGUAUCUCAACCAGAUCCGCACCUAUUUCACCGGCCAGGAGCUCAGUGUCAUACAGAUCGAGAAGAACAGCAGCGAGUCCAGUUAUGUUGUUGGUGAGAAGAGGGAGGAAGCCGACUCUGAAGCCGCUGUUCGCUACUGUGCCAAAAGGCUCCAGAGCAGCGGCAUCACUCUAGAGACCAAUGGAAGCUUCCCUGAAAAGGAAGUCAAAGGAGGUGCUGGUGUUUUGGUGCCACCUCCAAGAACGAAGCGAGGGCAGGGCCCAAGCCAGGCUGAAGGAUCAGGGGCCACUCAGCCUCCAGUGGCACCACCCAGAAAGGCCUUUUCUCAUCUCAAGGAUGCAGAUCUUGUUAAAAAGCGCAGAUCAAAGCUGCGGGGAGAGUCAAUGGAUGAGCCUGAACCACAUGAACAGCAGAGUGGUACAGAGGCUGCAUCAGUCCAAGCAGAAAGUGAAGCAGUCAAAGGAGGUUCAGAGUCACAAAAUGUAGAGAAUGUUGAAGAUGCUACUGCAGGAGGGAAUCAGGAUGGCAGCCAAUAUGUCCUUAGUGAGAUUCAGGCACUGGAGGCUGAACAGAAGCAGAUAGAUUGCAGAGCAGACAUUGUGGAGAGGAAACUAAAAAGACUUAUGGAAUCUGGUAGUGAUCGUGUAGAAGAAGAGACUCUGAUUCAGGAGUGGUUUACCCUGGUCAACAAGAAGAACGCUUUGAUCAGGAGACAAGACCAUCUGCAGUUACUGCAAGAAGAGCAAGAUUUGGAGAAAAGGUUUGAGCUGCUAAAGAAAGAGCUUCAUGAUUUAAUGGCUGUGGAAGAAUGGAAGAAAACCGAGGCCCAUAAAACCAGAGAGCAGCUGUUGUUGCAGGAGCUGGUGUCUUUAGUCAACCAGAGAGACGAGCUUGUGCAUGACAUGGAUGCCAAAGAGAGAGGGGCUCUUGAAGAGGAUGAGAGGUUGGAGAGAGGACUAGAAAUGAGGCGCAGGAAAUUUGGAAGUCGGAAAGAGAAGUGUGUGUUACAAUGAGGGAUCCUGUGCACCUGCUUUCAUCAAAGUCUCUUUAAGAAAA